AUGAUUGAAAAUGAUGUUGUAGUGCUGACUGAUCAGUUUUGUAGGAUUUCUAACUAACGUAAGAGUUGCCCAUGACUGCAAAGUUCAGGAUUUUUCCAAGCUUUAGGGCGAAUAUCUCGACCAUGGAAUCAAUCACAUAUAUUGUUUUACCUCUAGCGGAUAGCUAAACGUCUACUCUUUCUAAUUCACCAUUUACCGAAUCACUAAAUGCUGGAUGGCAGGGUUGAAAAAAUCGUAUCUUUUUAAGAGCAUCUUUUUGGGCUUCGUGGAAAUUGGACAGAGUGAAAUUGGACAGAAAUAAUUUGGACAGAGCGUGGAAAUUGGACAGGGUGAAAUUGGACAGAGUGAAAUUGGACAGAGUGAAAUUGGACAGAUUUUCGCUGCAAUCGUACGAAAUGUCAAUAUUGAACCAUCAAAUAAUUAUUUUUUGCAGUGAAAAAAAUCUGUCGAGUUUCACUCUGUCCAAUUUCACUCUGUCCAAUUUCCACGCUCUGUCCAAAUUAUUUCUGUCCAAUUUCACUCUGUCCAAUUUCACUCUGUCCAGUUUCCACGAAGCCUCUUUUUGGUACGAAGUGUCACAAAAAUUCGAUAGAUAAUUGCGCACUUUUAGCCUUUUGUAUUAAUCUGGGUCCCACCACGAAAACAAAUGGCCAACUCCACGGUACCGCCUUUUUCAUCGAUUCGCGUUCAUUUUGCAGCCGACCGCAGAAAAAGAUAGCAAGGUAAGCGUCAGUGUGAGCAGAACAAUCAGGUCAGUUCACUGAUAUUACCCUUGUCGAGUCAGCUGCUCUAGCAUAAUGUACCGUUUAAAUUCGUGCAAAAGAUUUUUUGAAAAGGUUCAUAUAUUCUUAUGUUUUCAGCAUAUUCGUACUGUUUCUGGCGUCAUCUUGA